AUGACUUUGUCCUUUAGUGACCUCUGGGGUCAUCUGUCUUUCCAGGACACGGCAUAUGGUGCCCUCCUCACGUUCCUCAUAUACUACCUCGGCCACGCUGUUUACGCCCUCUACAUUCACCCGCUAAGCCGCUACCCCGGACCCAGACUUGCCGCUGUCUCCUUUAUCCCACAAAUUGCCUACGAGAUCCGUGGUCAGCAACACUCCUGGGUCAAGGCACUCCAUGAUGAGUAUGGCGAGGUCGUUCGCAUCGGCCCGAAUGCCCUCGUCUACCGCGCACCUCAGGCUUGGAAAGACAUCUACGGUCACAAGAAAAGAGGACAGAAAACGUUCGCCAAGGAUCCGCAACUCUACACUGCGGCCCCAAAUGGCGCAGAGGGUAUUGUAACGGUAAACGGAGCGGAUCACUCCCGCAUGCGAAGACUCAUGGCGCAUGCGUUCUCAGACAAGGCGUUACGGGAACAGGAGACUUUGUUGCAUACCUAUGCGGAUCUACUUGUGCAGAAGAUACACAAGCAGCUUGUCGAGGGCAAGACGUCGAAAAUUAUUGACCUCGUUCGCUGGUACAAUUACGUAACUUUCGACUUGAUUGGCGAUUUAUCUUUCGGGGAACCAUUCAAUUGUCUCCGUGACGACCAGUACCACUGGUGGGUAUCGUUGAUGCUGGACGCCGUCAAAGUGAGCGGAUACCUCAAGAUCCCUCAUUUUUACCCGUUCCUCAGGCCACUUGGCACUCUCUUGAUACCGAAGCGCCUUGUCAAGAGGAGAGACGCCGUCUUCCAACAGACCGUGGAUAUGGUUAGUCGACGGCUUCAGCGCCAAAUUGAGCGACCGGACUUUACAUCCUAUAUCCUCCGGCAUAAAGACGAUGAGCUUGCAAUGUCCAGGGGCGAACUCGAUGCGAAUGCGGGCACUUUAGUAUUGGCGGGCAGCGAGACGACUGCGACUACAUUGUCGGGAACUACGUACUAUAUUCUACGGCAUCCCGCAGUGUAUCGACGAUUGGUAGAUGAAAUUCGCGGCGCUUUCAAGGAUGCAUUGGAUAUUCAGCUCUCGUCUAUUGCUUCACUGCGGUACCUCAAUGCAGUCUUUGAUGAGUCGAUGAGAAUUUACCCGCCUGUCCCGGCUAUGCUACCGCGUCUUGUCCCUGAGGGAGGUGCGAUGAUUAACGGUCACUAUGUGCCUGAAGGUACAUCAAUCUCCAUAUCUAUAUAUUCGACCGUCCGCUCCGCCACCAACUUCGCAGAACCAGACACCUUCAUCCCCGAACGCUGGCUCCCACCAUCCGACGGCGGCAUCGCAUUCGUAAAAGAUAACAAAUUCGCUCUGCAGCCUUUCUCUUACGGCCCGCGAGUUUGCAUCGGGCAGCAUCUCGCAUUUGCAGAGAUGCGUCUCAUUCUAGUUAAGCUGUUGUGGCAUUUUGAUCUGGAGUUGAACCCCGAAGGAUUUGGUUGGGUAGAACAGAAGUCGUAUACUUUGUGGGAUAGACCACCGUUGGAGGUGAAGGUUUCGCUUGCUCCUAAUACUGCUUAG